AUGUCGGACAAAGACCCGAUAUUAAACAGUGAAGAGUUUAACAUAGAUUUCCAAGACUUCAGUAACACUGUAGCUUCCAUCCCCAAUGAUGCAGCCACAAUUCCUACUUCACAAUUCUCCAGCUUUGAGCCUGCUUUUGAACCAGAACCAAAAGCGGACACGAAGUUAACAUUUGAGACAAAUAAUUUGUUAGGAAAUAAUUUGUUAGAAGAUGAAGAAGAAGAUCCGCAACCCCCAGUUAACACCGCUUUUUGGUCCUUCCAGUUUUAUCAACAAUAUUUCAACGUGGACGAUGCAAUGGUAUUGGAAAGGUUGAUGUACGCUUGUAUUCCUUCUCCUAAUUCUAACUACAUUGAGAAGCUCAAACCAAUACCCGACUUCUACGGGCCCUUGUGGGUGUGUAUUACACUAAUCUUCUCAACUGCUAUAAGUGGUAAUAUGGCGGACUGGUUCGCCACUUUUGGAAAAGAUACUGAUUGGGAAUACGACUUUAAAAAAGUUUCGAUAGCGGGUACGGUGAUAUUCAGCUACGUUACCGUGAUACCAGCACUGCUAUCUGGGUACUUGUGGUGGAGGAAGAGUAGCGCUGAAAUAAAACUAGCUGAUACGUUAUCCUUAUACGGUUACUGCCUCACUCUCUUCAUUCCCAUAUCUUUGUUGCUGUGUAUUAACUACGAAUGGAUAAGAUGGCUGCUCAUUUUCGGUCUAAUGGCCACCAGUGGAGGUGUAUUGACGUUAACUCUGUGGAAAGUCCUAGAUCAAGAGCCUAAACAACUGUCUCUCAUUAUCACGGGAGUUCUCGCCGCGCUACAUGUUGCUCUCAUUCUUCUCUUCAAGAUGUAUUUCUUCGCGCCUACAGCUACCUCAACACCCAUUACUCCAGUGGCUCCACCGUCAUGA